UUUGCCACCCGCCAUAAAACGGAUAAGGAAGAAGAAGACAUGCACUCUAGAAGAAUAAAGAAACCAACAUAAAAGCUAUCAGCUGUUAUCAAAACCUAACCCAGGUUUAGCUGCGUCAGACUGGGAAAACGAAACCAUGGGUCUCGCUUCCGCCAUUGAGCCAGGAGCAGAACAGCCACUGAUUGUAGAGGAAGAAGAUAUCAAACUGGAGGAAGAAGAAGAGGAGGAAGACGAUGGAGAAAAAGAAAACCAUGAAGUUUCGCCUGAACCAAAGUCUCAACCAAAGAGCUCAACCAAAAUCAAAGUUAUCUUGGGGACAACUGCCGCCAUUGUAGCAGGAGCAGCAGGUGCCGUGGCCCUGGCUCCUGUUGCUCUGGGAGCUGCAGGUUUCACCUCAGCUGGAAUAGCAGCAGGAUCCAUUGCUGCUCAAAUGAUGUCGGCUGCUGCGAUUGCUAAUGGAGGUGGCGUGGCAGCAGGAAGUCUGGUGGCUGUUUUGCAAUCAGCAGGUGCAGCUGGUCUGUCAGGGGCUGCCACUGCAGCUGUGGCCGGCACUGGAGGAGCAGUGGGAUGGCUGGCUAGCCUCAUUGGCCGAAAAGCAAUAGAGAAGAAGAAUAAAUAAUGAUUUUUACUUAUUUUUUACUCUAGCUAACUAAAGGAAUCAAACAUGAUAUCAGACAUUUGUAUAACAUCUAUGUAACCUGUGGAAGGUCCUGGUUCAUUGUAUCUGUAAAUAUUUCCAUGAUGCCCACCAGAGAGGGAGUCAGAAAAUGCAUGAAUCAAUCAGUGUGAGUGAACUAUAAAUCCACUGUCUUUCUGUCACAUGUGCAGUGCAAUAAAAUCAUCUGGCACUUGGA